AUGGCUUGUUAUGAGAAGGCAUCUGCUAAAUCAUCGCUGUAUAUUAGGAUUCGGAGCCAAGAUCCAGAACAACUCCGAGCCAAGAUCGAAGAUCUCAACUCCAAAGUCUCCUUCCUCAGAUUUUGGACUCCCUUCAAUGAUUACCACCAUCGCUCUACUCCUUGCUUCUCCGACAUCGUUUUAGUCGCUUCCGAUGACGAUUCCGAUCAUGAUCGCCCUUUGAGUAAAGCGGGACAAGCUGAUGCUAUUGAAGUUUCACACAAGCUCCAGCAGUUGGGUUGGAUUCCUGAGCUUAUUUUGUCCAGUGAUGCAGUGCGAACAAAGGAAACACUUAAAACUAUGCAAGAACAAGUGAGAGGAUUUUUGGAAGCUGAGGUACAUUUCAUUUCAAGCUUUUAUUCAAUUGCAGCAAUGAAUGGACAGACAGCUGAGCACCUUCAACAUGCCAUCUGCAAAUUUUCAAGGGACGAGAUACUUACAGUUAUGUGUAUGGGACAUAACAGAGGAUGGGAGGAGGCAGCCUCAGUGUUCUCAGGCACCUCCAUAGAGCUGAAGACUUGCAAUGCUGCUUUGCUUGAAGCUACUGGGAAAUCAUGGGAAGAGGUAUGAGACCUUGUUACUGGAAGACUUUUACAAACUCGAACUUUUCCACUACCAAUUACUGCAACAAUUGUUGAUUCAAUAGAGAUGAAGUUAUUUUCUGGUGGUAUAGAUUACUAGAGGAUAUUUCUUUUUUGUAUACGAAGGACAUCAUUUUUGUAUGAUUAUCUGUUUGUAUGGAAUUAUUAUUUUGGAUUGGAUUAUAUCUGGUUUGUAUAGAAUUUGAUGUUACAAGACCAAAUUUUUGGAUGGUUAAAAGUGAAAUAGAAAUAGGCAUAUGUAUUGUUUUGUUUAUAUACAGGGUGCAGGUUAUACGAAAUAAAUACAGAUUAUGCAGAAAUUAAUAAUAAUAAAA